AGUUAUGACAGAACACUGAGAUAGUUAUGAGGAGUACACGAUGUAGUAGACCUCCUGUAGUAGACUAGUACUGUAGUAGACUGUAGACAGUGUGGUGGACUGUAGAGGAAAUGAGAAUCCUAUGAUCACAUGUGUUUUCUUACAGAAGCAGAAGCCAAUACAGUCAGUGAAUGGUUACUACCAGCUGACUGGCGUAGUCUCUCAUUUGGGAGGCUCCGCAAACUCCGGGCACUACAUUAGUGACAUAUUGCAUGCCAGUGGGAACUGGUUCUGCUGUAACGACAGCCAGGUGUCAAUGUCCAAUGAAGCCACUGUGCUGAGGACCAGAGCCCGGAGUGCCUACAUGCUCUUCUAUAUGUUCAGGGCAAUAGAGCGGGAGGCCCCAGCACACAGGGCCUAACAGGGCCACCAGCAUCAGCCCCAGCCUAAACAGGGGCAGCACCUGGACCAGCCUCCAAACACUCAGACCUGUCUCAACAGGGAUAGUACCAGGCCCAGCCUCAAAACCCCCAGCCCAGCCUCAACAGGGGUAGUACCAGGCCCAGUCUCAAACCCCCAGCCCAGCCUC